AUCUAACUUUCUUCCUGUCUUGUUUCCUGUGCUGCAGUUUGUGUGGGUCCGUACUGUAGCAAUGAAGACCUUUGUAGUUCUGCUGAUGUUGGCCCAGGCAAUGGGUAGCAGAGCCACUGGUGUAGCUUCAACAGUAUUGCGCAAACUGGACUGCGAUUCUCCUGAAUCUGAGGAGGCUGCCAAAGCAGCUGUUGGUUAUAUCAAUUCCCAUCAUCACCAUGGAUACAAGUACACUCUCAAUGAAAUUGAAGACGUUAAGGUCAUUCCAAGGGUACCUGAAGGAGAAACCUUUAUAAUGGAACUGGAGUUACUGGAAACCAAAUGCCACAUAGUGAACCCUUUGCCUGUAGAAAAUUGCACAGUCAGAUCGCUUGCAGAAACGAAAGUUGAAGGUGACUGUGACGUGGCCUUAGCAAAGGUUCAUGGAACCUUUACAGUGACUGGUUUUAAAUGUAAAUCGAGUCCAGAUUCAGCUGAGGAUGUUGCUAAACGGUGUCCAGACUGCCCAGCACUGUUGCCUCUGAAUAAUACCAAGGCACUAGACGUUGUCAGUGUUUCCCUUUCAAAGUUCAACACAGAUUCCAGUGAACCCAUUUACUUUAAGCUGAUGGAGGUUGGAAGGUUGUCGACUCAGACCUUGCCAACUGGCCCAUCAUACUUUGCUGAAUACGCCAUAGUAGAGACAAACUGCACCAGUGAUGUUCCUGACAGUCACCAUGAUGACUGUGUCCCACUAAGCGAAAGCCUGGCUCGCCAUGGAUUUUGCACUGCCACUGCUGUGACCACAGAUCUUAGUGAAGAUAUAACUGUUGACUGUGACGUCUAUGCUGCAGAGGGUCCACCUCUCCUGGUUUCUCCAGAUCCUUCUGCUCCACCUGCUGUACCCCACAUCGUCCACCAUUCUCACCAUGGCAGCACGGCCAGUCUGGUACACGGCACCAAACAUUACGCCCUGGGCAGCUCCCAGGACCUAGGAGGAUCUCUGUUUCUUUCUUCAGAGUCAGAGCAAGUCAUGACAAAACCGAAGGUGAAGAGAGAAACCCCUGACAAGGAUGAUCUGACAGGAGGUGCCCCCCCCAUAACCAUAGCCAAUGAGCCCCCGGUGGUUGAUGGAACAGAAGUUGAAAUUAACCCACCAGGUCCACCUUCUGGACCAGGCCCUAUAGAUCAACUACCUGGACAGCCCUUGCCACCUGUAGCGGGCCCUAUUUUACCCAUCUGCCCAGGAAGAAUUAGACAUUUCUGAGUUUGUUUUGUGAUAAAGCUGGAACUAUAAUUAAAAGCAAUACUGUUAUUUCUUGCGUUCCAGUCUUUUGCCAUUUUCAGCUCAUGCAGAGAUUAUAUCAAGUCAAUGCAUUGUAAUUAUAUUAGGGGUAUUAGAUACAUGCUCAGUACAGUUGCCCCUGUACAAUAGAUCUCAGUGGGUUUUUAUCCUGAAUAAAUGAAUUGUCAUGAUAA